AUGCCGACCAGCAUUGACCAGGAGUAUGGAUGUACACUGGCUGAGCUGCGAGCGCUCAUGGAGCUUCGCGGUGGAGAAGCCUUAGAGAAGGUAAUCAGCGACUACGGUAGUGUCGAAGGUCUUUGUGCGAAACUAAAAACGGACCCUAUAAAUGGUCUACCGAAUGAAAAAGCGCUGUUGUCACAAAGACAGCAUGUUUUUGGAAAGAAUGAGAUCCCACCCGCACCGUCGAAAUCGUUCUUUCGGUUAGCAUGGGAGGCACUUCAGGAUAUUACGUUAGUUAUUCUACUCGUAUCCGCGUUGGUUUCACUUGGAUUAUCAUUUUAUAAGCCACCAGAUGGAGCAGGAGGCGGUCAUGACGAUUCCGAGAAAGAAGCUGGAUGGAUAGAAGGAGCUGCGAUUCUCUUUGCUGUUAUUGUCGUCGUUCUCGUCACUGCCCUCAAUGAUUGGUCGAAAGAGAGGCAGUUCCGAGGUCUCCAAUCGAAAAUUGAAACCGAGCACAAAUUUUCGGUGAUUCGUGCCGGUCAGCCGAUUGAUGUGGUUGUCAACGACUUAGUUGUUGGUGAUGUCGCUCGAGUCAAAUACGGAGAUCUCUUGCCUGCCGAUGGUAUUCUCAUACAAUCGAAUGAUCUGAAAAUCGAUGAAUCCUCUUUGACUGGUGAAUCGGAUUUAAUAAGAAAAAGUUUUGAUCAUGAUCCUGUACUUCUCUCCGGAACACACGCAAUGGAGGGCAGCGGACGAUUCGUGAUCACCGCCGUUGGUCUGAACAGUCAAACCGGUAUCAUAAUGAGUUUGCUUGGUGCAACCAAAGAGGAGAAAAAAGAGGACAAAUCGAAUAAAGUCGAGAUGAACGGGAACGGUCAUCCAGCUACAUUAACCGUUGCCAACGGUUUAUCAAAUGGAGAGAAGAGGAAAGAGGAAGAGGCAGCUGUUCCUAUUGAGGACGAAACUAAGGGAAAAUCCGUCCUUCAAGCAAAACUUUCUAAUCUAGCCAUUCAAAUCGGGUACAUAGGUUCUAUUGUUGCCGCUGCCACCGUACUCAUCCUUAUUAUUCGACAUUGUAUCACUCACUACGCCAUCAAUCAGGAAUCUUUCAAGACUUCGGACCUCUCCUACUUCGUAAAUUUCAUAAUUAUCGGUGUCACUGUGCUUGUGAUUGCUGUACCCGAAGGUCUACCGUUGGCCAUCACAUUAGCACUCACGUAUUCAGUGAAAAAGAUGAUGAAGGACAACAACCUUGUACGACAUUUGGAUGCUUGCGAAACGAUGGGUAACGCCACGGCAAUUUGUUCGGAUAAGACCGGAACGCUUACAACUAAUCGAAUGACUUGUGUACAACAGUACAUCAAUGGAAGUUUCUACAAGACACAACCUCCUUCUUAUGAUCUACUUAAUAAGAAAACUCGUGAAUUGUUGUUGGAAGGAAUUGCGAUCAACUCAGGUUAUAAUUCACAAGUGAUUCCACCGGCAAAAGCUGGUGAACAACGACAACAGGUCGGUAACAAAACGGAAUGUGCGCUGCUUGGAUUCGUACUUGAUUUGAAUAAAAGCUAUGACGAUAUCCGUUCCAAACAUCCGGAAGAAACUCUGUUCAAGGUGUACACCUUCAAUUCCUCACGAAAAUCCAUGAUGACCGUCGUUGAACGUCCGAAUGGUGGUUAUCGAAUCUACGCCAAGGGUGCUUCGGAGAUCAUUUUAUCCAGGUGCUCUUACAUUCUUGGAAGCGAUGGAGCAAUUGAGCGAUUUGCCGCCACGCAAGUGGCAGAACUGACAAAGGAAGUGAUCGAACCGAUGGCUUCGGAUGGUCUGAGAACGAUUGGUUUGGCCUAUAAGGAUAUGGUCCCGGCUGGUUCAAAGACCGAGGAGAAUGAGGUUGAAUACACAGGAGAAAUUGAUUGGGAUGAUGAGGAAACCAUUCGUAACGGUAUGACUGCGAUCGCCAUUAUGGGUAUCCAAGAUCCAGUACGACCAGAGGUACCGGCUGCUAUCGAGAAAUGUCAAAGAGCUGGAAUCACUGUACGUAUGGUUACCGGUGACAAUAUCAACACCGCUAGAUCCAUUGCCACAUCUUGCGGGAUCCUGAAGCCUGGAGCUGAUUUCUUGGCUCUCGAAGGCAAAGAUUUUAAUGCUAGAAUCCGUGAUGAGAACGGGAAAGUCAGUCAAGCAAAGUUGGACGCAAUUUGGCCACGCCUACGAGUUUUGGCACGUGCUCAACCGUCCGAUAAAUACGUUCUAGUAAAGGGUAUAAUAGAUAGCAAAGUGUCGAAAAACAGAGAGGUCGUUGCCGUAACAGGUGACGGAACUAACGAUGCUCCUGCGCUUAAGAAGGCUGACGUCGGAUUCGCUAUGGGUAUUGCCGGUACCGAUGUGGCUAAGGAGGCGUCUGACAUUAUUCUUACUGACGAUAACUUUACUUCUAUUGUCAAAGCCGUUAUGUGGGGAAGGAACGUUUACGAUUCGAUCUCUAAAUUCUUGCAAUUCCAACUUACAGUAAACGUUGUUGCGGUUACGAUUGCGUUCAUCGGAGCGUGCGCUAUUAGCGAUUCUCCGUUAAAGGCCGUACAAAUGUUGUGGGUGAAUCUUAUUAUGGAUACACUCGCUUCACUCGCUUUGGCUACAGAAAUGCCUACUGAGGAUCUUUUGGAAAGGAAACCCUACGGCCGUACAAAAUCGCUGAUAUCUCGGACAAUGGUUAAGAACAUCGUCGGCCAUGCCGUAUAUCAACUCGUCAUUCUCUUCGGAAUCAUGUUUUGGGGCGACAAAUUCAUCCCGGACACUCCGUCCGGCCGUAAUGCACCUCUUGGAUCUCCUCCCAGCGCACAUUUCACUAUUAUUUUUAACGCUUUUGUGCUUAUGACACUUUGCAAUGAGAUCAAUGCGAGAAAGAUUCAUGGCGAAAGGAAUGUCUUCAAAGGGCUCUUCUCGAAUCCUAUCUUCUGUAUUAUCUGGAUAACGACGCUAAUUUCACAAGUGUUAAUUGUGCAGUUCGGUGGUCAUUGGUUCUCUACAGCUCCAUUAAACACUGUUCAAUGGGCAGUCUGUAUUGCAUGCGGUCUUGGAGAGCUCAUUUGGGGACAGAUCAUAACCACGAUCCCGUCUUCAAUCCUGCCGAAAUCAUUCCGAUUCGGUAAAGGUGAAGUGAAACCGACGUCAAUCAUGCUGUCUGGCGAAUAUGAUGUACCGUCGUCUUCUUCCGCCGCACCGAAGCCAGACGGAAUCCCUGAAAAACGGCCAGGUCAAAUGCUUUGGCUUCUUGGCCUCACUAGGCUUCAAACGCAGAUCCGAGUGGUGAAGGCUUUCCAAUCCGUCAACGACAGUUCACACCCGAAUUCACUUACCACAUCGACAGCCGAUCGACUACGAGCUAGCUAUCGACGCUUGAGGAUCGCCAGAGAGCUCGAACAGCAAAAGAGGUCUGGUAGCAUACGGUCCCGUGGACAGAUAUAUAACCCGCAAUCGAAGAAUACAGCCGGAAUGACGUCUUCCUAA